AUGGCGACUACACCUCCACACCAGCCCCGGGACUCAUCUCUGCUAGGUGUACGGGACCCACCUAGCCUAGUAGUUUCUGAUGGAGAGGCGUCACCGACGUCUGAUGGUGCAGCAGAUGAAGAGCCGCUGUAUAUUGAUCAGGAUGACGCCCAAUCUAUUAUCCAGCCGGCCUUGAGCCCCGCGGCCACGAGGCUCACGUUGCCGAAGACUCCUGCAGCCGAGAAGGCCGCAGCCUUGGAACGUCUACCCGGCGGUGGUCUAUUCAGCGUUAUUGAAGGAAGUGUAACUCCUGAAGCCGAGCCUUCGCCGUUACUAGGACCCUCUAAACCAACGGUGAAUCAGCCGGCCACAGUCACGACCAAAGCUCCAACACGCCAAAACAGGGGCCUUUCUCUAGGCCAACUCCCAUCGAGUUCUUCACCAAUGUAUAGAUUUCCCUCACCAUGGCAAUCUGGUCCGAAGCAGAUGGUGGUGCAAAACGAGGCUGGUCCAAAACCUGCCUUAUCAAAUGUGUUUGGUCAAAAUAGACACCGUCGAUCUUCAUCCGGAGGAGCUGAUGCUUUGAAGAGGAUACGAGAAGCUUUACCUUCUAUGCCCUCUAUGCCUUCUAUCUCGUUUCAGUCGUUCUUCUCGGGACCUUCCUCGUCCAAAAGCAUAGGGCCUGAUCCGAAAAGAGCUUUUCUUUCUCCCGACAGCGCAGCUGGGAAUAAUCAUUAUGCGGCUUCCCUCACCGAAGCAUCGACUCUGACCCCCAGAAGUACAGCGCCACCGUCCAAUAGGCAAUCGCUGAUGGCUUUAUCUCUUCGUAGUGCUGAGGGCCCUGCUUUGUCUCGACCACCAAAUCGACCGCGAGCAAUGCGGAGGUCAACCUCCGAUGAAUCUAUGCUUUAUCAUUCACUAUCUAGGGUAUCAUCUUUCGGUGAUGACGAAAGAUGGGGCGACGUUCGGGAGCAAAAGAACAGCAGACUUAAGGCUAUCACAGAUAGCUGGGAUAGACCGACAUUCAAAUUACCCCAGCUACCUCAACUACCAAACAUCAUACCGGCUCCUCUCAAGAAGAACUCAUUACUAGGAUUUGACCAGUCCGAGUCUUCUCUGCCUGGUGCAAUGCGUAGUUCGACUUUCCUUGAAACCAGCCCAUCGAUUUUCCGAGAUGACAAUGCAUCAGACUUGGAUCGCGCUCUGGAACUACUUACAGGUGAUAUCGUGAUUAUGGGCGGAUACCGAGGUUCUGUGCUAAGGUCUACAAGAACUAACCGCCAAGUUUGGGUACCAGUGAAGCUUGGGUUAAACAUCCGAAAAGUAAAUCUAGAAGUCGGCUUAGAUCCUGAAGACGAAGAAAGGAUGGAAGAGAGCAUCUAUGCAUCCGGUAUGCUCAAGAAUAUUGGACCGGUUGAUAUAUCGAAGCGACUAUUUAAAAGGCUAAGAGAAUGCGAAAAUGCUAAGGCGGGAAAACUUAGAGUAUGGGAUUACGGCUACGACUGGAGAUUAAGUCCUCACUUGCUCUCACGGAAAUUGACCGCCUUCCUCGAACAACUACCGUCGAAUCAGGGAGUGGGCUCACCUGAAGACAAAGGAGCGCUUGUCGUUGCGCAUAGUCUAGGAGGUCUUAUUACACGUCAUGCCGUAAAUCAGCGUCCUGAGCUAUUCUCGGGCGUGAUUUACGCUGGUACACCACAGCGAUGUAUAAAUAUACUGGGACCGAUCCGAAAUGGAGACGCUGUACUCUUCAAUGAGAAGGUUCUUACGGCACAAGUCAAUUUCUCGUUAAGGACAACCUUCGUAUUCCUACCAGAAGAUGGUUUCUGUUUCAUAAAUAAAAACACCGGGGAGCAAUAUCCGGUCGAUUUCUUCGACCCACAGCAAUGGGUGAAAUAUGCCUGGAGUCCAUUAAUUGAGCCAGCGUUACCCGCCUACAGAUCUCGUUCAAGCACAUUUAGUUCAUUACGGGAACUAUCCGAGAGACUACCCACACCUUUAAGGAGCCGGGGGAAUAGUGCGGCGAGCGAAUCCCGGUCACCAACAUGUAAUCUCAUUGCUGAUGCGGCGCGAAAGGCGGAGGUCUCUAACGACAGGACAUUAGCUCCACAGAUGGGGACUCUACAGGGGGACUCAGGCGCAAGCGCUCAGCGCCAACAUCUAGAUCAGGACGCGGUAACACGCAGUCGUAAUUUCACAUACCUAAAGCGGACUUUAGCUGAGGUCAAGCAGUUCCGACUGGAGACAAAGCAUCGGCCAGAGCAUACAGAGUCGAAUGCCUAUCCGCCGCUGGCAGUGAUUUACGGCAAGGAGGUGCCGACAGUGUGGGCAGCACACGUCCAAUCACGGGAGGCGAUCGCGUGCGCAGACGCGUACGAUGAGCUCCUAUUCCGCAGUGGCGAUGGUGUCGUACUAGCCCGCGAGGCCAUGUUACCCGAAGGAUAUGAGCUUGUGCGGGACGGUCGCAUCAGCACUGACCGCGGUCACAUCACGAUCCUAGGCGAUCUGGAGGCUGUCGGAAGGGCACUGGUGGCGGUAGUAAGGGGACGGAAGAAGGGAAUCGGGCUUGGGAUAAAGGGGGAAGAUUUCACAUCCCAGACAAGUGAAUAG